AUGGUCAACUUAAAUUGGCUAGAACAGAAGAGAAGCAAGCCAACAACAGAAGCCAGUUCCAGCAGAGGCAGAAUGGUUUCAAAGGAAACUAUUAAAAGGCCAAAAGCAACUAUCUCAGCUGGAGUAGUGCUCUGCAGCAAGUGCAAAUGUGAAGCUGAGCUAGAAGUGGUCCUGGACAGGCAGAGUCAGCCUAUUCCGAGUGUUUUUGACAGGAGUGGAACCUCAUCCCGAGAUAGAGCCAGGCAGAAGGAGUAUCCCAGACCAGCCCAGCACAACAAGAGGAUGACAGAGCAACGUCUGGCUACUAUCACAGAAGGAAGGUGGUAUGCUGUCGGGAAAAGUGGCAGACCAACUGUGGAAUUAACUAGAACCCAGAAGACGAGGGUUCAAAGGCAAUACUGCAUAUUCCCCAAGAACAAAAGUGAUGCAUAG